UCCCCUUCUUGCCUACAGCUGAUCAAUCGUAAAUAAGCUGCCAUUCCCCGCAUGUCCUUCCUUUUCCGUUGAGCUAUCGACAGGCUCACAUCUCGAAACACGGUCUCCCGUCUAAAAUCCCAGAGUUUGGCGAUCAUCCCAUACCAUGGUUCAGAAAAAGGGCAAGAAGAAGGGAAAGAAGGUGGCAGCCGCCCCUUUGGCCACCAAGAAACCCGAGGUUAAACGGGUGGUCAACCCCUUGUUCGAAAAGCGUGUCCGCAACUUUGGCAUUGGACAAGAUAUUCAGCCUAAGCGCGAUUUGAGCCGUUUCGUCAAGUGGCCCAAGUAUAUUCGUCUGCAAAGACAGAAGGCCGUGCUCCAGACCCGUUUGAAGAUCCCACCCGCGAUCAACCAGUUCCACUCCACUUUGGACAAGCAAACAGCUACUCAGUUGUUCAAGCUCUUGGAUAAGUACCGUCCUGAAACCAAGCAACAACGCAAGGAGCGACUUCGCGAGCGAGCUGAGGCCCGCGCUGCUGGCAAGGAGGACACGCCUACCAAGCGUGCGCCCGUGCUCCGACAUGGUGUCAACACCAUCACCACCUUGGUUGAGAAGAAGAAAGCCCAAUUGGUGUGCAUCGCCAAUGAUGUCGAUCCCAUUGAGUUGGUGUUGUUUUUGCCCGCCCUGUGUCGAAAGAUGGGUGUGCCAUACUGCAUCGUGAAGAACAAGGCUCGCUUGGGACGUGUGGCUCGCCGCAAGACUUGCACUUGCUUGGCCAUCACCAACGUUGAAUCGACUGAUCGCUCGUCGUUGAAUAAAUUGGUCGAGACAGUCAAGACGAACUUCAACGAGCGUGGUGAGGAAAUCAAGAAGCACUGGGGUGGAUCCACCUUGGGUUCCAAAUCCUCUGCCAAGGUCGCCAAGUUGGAAAAGACCAAGGCCCGAGAGCUCGCCAAGGCUUAAAUAUCCAAUGUUAUGCAUCAUUUUGAAGAUGAAUAAUAUACGAUUCGUACCUAA